GCAACUGCCCUUAAUCGGCCCAAAGAGGUUCAAAACUGUUGCGUUUUGGCUGCCCACCGCACUACUGUAACGAUCCAAAGCCAAACGGCAGUCGUUUCAUCAUAUCAGUUUUCCGUUAUGGGUUACCAUCACCUACCAUUUCAUCAGAAGAUCGGUCCAAAGUACAUGUAACAACGAAAUUGUGUUCUGUCUGAAAACCCCAAACCCUAAUUGCCCCAAAAAAAAAAAACCCCAAAAGAAAGAAACCAAAGCACACAAAGCCCUACAAUGGAAAACGAAACAAAGCUAAGCAUAUACAGAGCAGCAAGGACAAUAAAACGCAAAGACAACACUCUCUACAACGCACUUAGAUCCAUUUACGAGGACUCAAUCUUUGUCGGCGAAAUCUCCCAGCUGUGGCCUCAACUUCCUCUCGUCGCCAACCUCCGUUGCGGUCUCUGGUAUUCUUCCAAAUUUCAGUCCACUUGUUACUUCAAAUCCACCGACGGUCAUAACAAUAAUUGGUCUUUCAAUACGUCGCGUCUCAACUUCCACAUCGCCCUUCUCGCUGGACAGAAGGGAGGGUGUAUUAUAAUUGAUUCGACGCGGAGGGGGAAGCGGUUUCCUGAUAGUAUGUCGAAAACUAUACCCAUUUGGACGUGUGUUUUGAACCGCUCCAUUUGUAAUUAUUUGAACAAGUUGUGUAAUGACGACGCCUCAUUGGUGGAGCGGGAGUCAGAUGCAGGGCACAAUUCUGUUGAUUGGGAUUGUUCCUUGCACCUUCCCCUUUGGGUUUCCGAAACAGAGAAGUCAGCUAUUGAGGACCGGUUAGAAGGAUGGACCAAAGACCUGGAUGCAAGUGGAGCUGAUAUUGCGACUCUUGCAUCGUGCUUAAAAAAGCCCUUGCGUCCUCUAUGGAUUUCUCACAAAACUGUCAUCUGGAUAAACGAAGUGCCGGAUUAUGAUUCUUGGGAUUUCACACCAAUAAUUCUUGUUUCUGCCUCUUCCUCGAGUGGAGUAACUCAACAUAGGACUACCUCAGAGUUUAGCUGGAAUUAUAUACCAGGAGCUGGAGAUGAUGAAGAAAGCUGGGCUAGGGGCUUGUCUCCUAAUCUCUUUUGGAAUCAUGCCUAUGAUCUUAUUAGCUCAGGACCUGAUUUGUGUAACCAGAAGGUUGCUGAUAUAGUUGAGAAGGACAGAGUGUAUCGUGCUCAAAGGGGGCAGAAUGCCCCUCAGAUCACUGCCAAGCCCUCAAUAUCUGGGAAUUCACCUCAUCUUCCUUGUUUAGGCCCCCUAUUGUGUUCAGAUCUUUCAAACCUUAAGAUUAUCUCUUCUGAUGAAGGAUGUGGAAUAUUUUGGCUAGGAUCUACUAAUCUUGCUCUGGGCUCAUCUCAAGUUGCUGAAAAUGCAUCUAACGUUGAUUGCAUAUUGAAUUGUGAUCAAUGGUCAAACUUUGUCUGUCUUAAAGAGGCUGAAGCGAAUUUGCAUCUUCCUAUUGUGAAUUCAAAGUUGGAUCGGUUUUCCUUGUUUAAUAACCUUUCUUCUGCGGUUAGCUUCGCAAAAUUAAAUCUUACAAAAGGGAGAACACUUCUUAUAUGUUGCCAUGAUGGGGAAGACAUCAGUGUAUGCGUUUGUCUGGCAAUCUUGAUAUCAUUGUUUGAUGAUGAAGGGUCCUUUGAUGGUGGCAAAUCCUUCAGUGAGACAUGUAUCACGAAAUGUGAGAUGCGGCGACGACUUGUAUAUAUUUGUAAAUUUGCAAUAAAGGCCCGGCCAUCAAGAGGAAACCUCAAACAAGUUUUCAGUUUUCUUAAUAGUGGAAAAGUCACCUAAGUUUGCAGUUUUCAGGAGAGCCAGAAGAUCUUUGGUGAAAGCUGAAAAUUUUGCACUGAUAUUUUACUCGAAUAUUUAUGUGGUUUUAUGUACCAAAAGAAAUUAAAUGAAUAUUUCAGUAAAGUCAGAAAGGGAAUAUUAUAAUGUACCAUAAAAUUAAGAAGACAGACGAGAAGAUUAUAACAUUUUUCAACCAUUUUUGUAAUAGACUAUCGACUAUGGUAUCAAA